AGCCGGCUCGCCCCCUCCCGGGUGUUUCGGGCCGCGGUGGGGGUCGGGAGUCGGGGAGGCGGGUAACGCACACUCUCCGGCCCGGGUCUUCGAGGCGCCUGGCCCUGCCUCAGAAGGAUAUGAGGACACCUCUGCCCACGCUGGCCUGCGGUGUCGGGAGGCAGGAAGCCAUGGCCAUCGCUGGGGAACUUGGCAGAAAAGAUUUUGUGUGAAGAAGCAGGCAGAGAGGUCUUGAAAAUGGUUUAGUUCUUUUGGGGACAUUAUGGGACAUAAUUUUAUUUCGAUUUUCUAUAUUUUAUUGUUUAUUUUGGUGAUGUUGGGAAGCGGAGGACAGAGGCCGAUGCAGCUCCCUAAGUCCAUGGGCAUAUUACCCAGCUGAUCGAGAAAAAGAACCACCCAGCACGUAGAGCUCACAGCACUUCCGCAGUCAUGGGCCACUUAGGAAAGUGCUGCCUAUUUAUGUGUGUGUCAGUCGUGUCCUACUCUGCGACCCCACGGACUGUAGUCCACCAGGCUUCUCUGUCCAGGGGGUUUUCCCGGCAGAAUACUGGAGUGGGUUGCCGUUUCUUACAAAUGAGAGCAAAAGUGACGUGGGAAUUCUGAAGAGACAUCUGACUUCGAGGAGAACUACCUAAGAACCAGUUGACAGAUCUCUGCCGCCAGCGCGGGGCUAUGGCUGUGAGGAGAGCCUGAAUCUUCUUUAAGGGAAAGGGUCUUCUUGAACCUGGGCCUGGGACUGUGUGUUUCUUGUGUCCCUGUGCAAGCGCGCUCCGAAGAGAGCGGGCAGCUCCCACUUGGGGGUGGAUGGAGAAUUUUUGAUACUACUUUUUGGCGAGAAGGGGCCGGGGAGUGGACCACAGGCAGGCCUUGGGCAGUGAUCCUCAUGGGAAGCCUCCCAAAGGCCCUAGAGAGCGCGGCGCGCUGGGCUCCAGAGGUGCCUGGGCCGCGGCGCGGCCUCCUCGGGUGUCCCGCGUGUUGCAAGGCGGGCUCUGCGUUCGCUCGCGCUCCCCGCGGCUUGCGGGCGGGGACGCGGGUGGGGAAGGGCCCGGAAUUCCACCUACCGGGCGGUGACAAAGGGUGCGCCCGACUCUGGUUGUGCUCACCUUCGGGUGCCUAGUGAACAGCUUGGAGUUUUGGGCAGACCUGAAAACUUUGGACUUUUCCGCGUCAACUCUCUGUACCGGAUCCCAUCAGCCCUGCUUCGAGGAGAAACCUGCUCCACAUCUCUGACCAACGUCGGGUGCCCUGCAGCGUCUUUGGCCCUAGGCUGGGCUCCGAGGUUACAGCGGUUCGCCGCAGCUCUGUUUUAGGGCCCGGCUCCUACCAUCUCAUCCACUGUGGAUUUCACGUCCUCCCUGGCUGUCCCUCCACUUCUGAAUGUGGACUAUGUCUGGAUGACUCUCGAAAAGUGGCCCCAGGGAAAGCCCGGGCCCUUGCCCUACAAUUGGAGGGUUCGGACAGAGCAUCUAGCUCAUUGUGCUGGAACUAAGGGGUGCUGAUAUUAAUUUGUUUAGAAUCAUCUUUACAUGGGAUGGGAAAAUAAAUACAUUUAGAACGAGGAAGAUUACUCAUUCCUCUCUCUUCUCUUACACUCCCCCCCACCUCCCCAGGGCUCUAUUGAUUAUGUUUCUUGUAUUUACAGGACAAGAAGGGGCUUUCCGGGAAACAGAAUAAUUUCGAGCGCAAAGCAGUGUAUCAGAGGCAAGUCAGGGCACCCAGUUUGCUGGCCAAAAGCAUUUUAGAAGUUCUCCUUGGAUUAUUCUGCAACUGUAACAAUGUGUACAUAAUGAGCCAACUUUAGAAAAUAAAAGUGACAUCAGCUCUAGGCUAUCGCCCCAUUCCACCAGAGACUUAUGUGGGAGGGAGUUUACCUCUACCUCCCCCUGUAAGUGACCGGAUGAGGAAAAGGCGGGCCUUUGCUGAUAAAGAGUUGGAGAACAUUAUGCUGGAGAGAGAAUAUAAAGAGAGGGAGAUGUUGGAAGCUUCCCAAGCUGCUGCCUUAUUCCUGCCCAACCGCAUGGUGCACGGUUCUGAGUACAGCUCCUACAAAAGUGCCUACAGCCCCACCCCAGUGGAACCACCAAGCAAAGACUUCUGCAAUUUUUUGCCCACCUGCCUUGAUCUCACCAUGCAGUAUUCAGGCUCUGGGAAUAUGGAACUAAUUUCUUCCAAUGUCAGCGUGGCCACGACUUACAGACAGUAUCCCCUAUCCUCGAGACUUUUAGUUUGGCCCAAGUGUGGCCCCAUUAGUGACACCCUCCUCUACCAGCAGUGCCUGCUGAACACUACCACGUCAGUUCAGGCCCUGAAGCCUGGGACCAGCUGGGACUUGAAGGGAGUACGACUGCAGGAUGGACUUGGAGCAGAUCAUGACAUGAUGCCACCGAAAUUGGAAGGCUCUCUGGUGCUGCCUCACACUCCUGAGGGCCACAUCUUAAGAAGUGACCUUCAGGGUCACCAGGCCCUCCCGGAGAGGUCUGCGUUCUCCCCACCCCGACGGAAUUUCUCGCCUGUUGUUGACACGGACACCCUGGCAGCUCAAGGGCACGUCUUAACCAAGAUCAGCAAAGAAAGCACCAGGCACCCUCUGCCACUUAAACAUAAUCCAUUCCACUCAUUAUUCCAACAAACUCAUAAUGACAAAUCAGGUCCCGAGUUGAAAACAUCAUCUGUCAAAGAGGCCUUUGAAGAGGCCCCUAAGAAACCCAGGGAGUGUUUAGUCAAGGAGAACCAGAAAUACACAUUUACAAUAGAUAGAUGUGCAAAAGACCUUUUUGUAGCCAAACAAGUCGGAACAAAACUCUCAGUGAAUGAACCCCUGUCAUUUUCUGUUGAGUCUAUUCUUAAGAGGCCUUCAUCUGCCAUCACUCAUGUCUCUCAGUGAAAGGCUGCUUAAAUGGAAAGCUGGAUUUGCUGCCGUCUCAGAGGAUUCUUACCAGUCACUAAUUUUUUUAAAGAUAGAAGUUGUAUAAAGAAAUUUCUAAUGUAAAUGAUGAUGAUUAAAAAAAUUCUGUAUAUUCUUAUGCAUGUACUUUACCUUACCACAUAAAUAUAUUUAAAGAUGGAAAUUGCUUAUGUGCAAAUUUUCAGGCUUUACAUACCAUUUCAAAAAGCAAUAAAAUUGACACUGUUUUCUAAAAGA